GAACCGAAAAGGAAAUAUGUAAACAUUUUUGACAGAUCAAUAUCACAAAAAAACUAAAUAAUCCAAAAGUUAUAAGUGCUUUUGUUUAUCAAGGCAGUUAUAAAAUAAAUGAUGUGUUAAAAAACAUGUAUAAUUUGAAACGCAAUUCUAAUGAGGUACUAAGCAUAUGUUCGUGAUUUAUAAAUCACUACAAAUAAAUAACUUUAACAUUAACAUGGAUACUACUGUUUUUGUAAAUACUGAAAACUUCAUCCAGCCCCAAAAGCCAUUAGUGGCUCAUCAGGUAUAUAAUUUCUUUACAGAUGUAUGUGACAGAGAUUCCGGACAUGAUUGUCGUAGAAACAAGGUUUAUAACACGUCAAAUGGCAGAACUGGAGGAAAUGUUAUUGCCACAAACAUUGGUACUCUCUUCCGAAAACUUUAAUAUACAGGAAAAAACUCAAAACGGAACUUUUCAUAUAUUUCAUAAAACCAAAGAAGCAGGUGUUAUGGUAGAAGUCGAUAUUGCUCAUAAGUCUGUUCAGACUGAUAGUCGUAAUCCACUACGAAAUCGUGAACAGCAGACCGUUAAGUUCUUUACCCAACAAGAUAUAGGCAUCCAAUGUGAUAUUGAAAAUGACAUAAGCAGUGAAAUAUUGCUUAUGGAUAGUAACCCACUGGAGGAAUGCGAUAGCAAUGAAUAUCAUUUAUUUUUAGAUUUUGUGGGAAAAAAUACCUAUCUUUACAGGAAUAACAAAAAAGAAUGCAUAGUGUGUGGUGAAAUUUGUUCUAAUUCAAAACAAACACUAUCACAUAUGGCGACGCAUUGGGGUUCGCCGGUGCUUUGUGAACUUUGCGGCCAAAAGAUUGAACAUGCAAAUCUUUUAAUAAUGCAUCAGUGUAACAAGGCUACCAAGAAAACUAUGAAGCGAUUUUUUGAACAAUGUCCAUUAUAUUCAUGUGGAGUAAUUAUUAAAUCAAAAACUGAUUUAUAUGAUCAUAUUAACGAGCACUUAGGUUUGCCUACCUACUGGUGUUUUUGCUGUAAGCAGAAGUUUAGAACAUUAAAGAAGCUGCGACAUCAUUCUAUAGUACAAAAAACGUGCUUGCCAAAGUUCUGGCGUUUGCCUAUGCUACAAAAUUUAAGUCAAACAAAAAAUGGUAAACUUCGCCGAAAACGUAUUUCAAGAAUUAGAAAUAGACAACCUUUUCGAAUGUAUUUUAGAAAAAAUUUACGCUGUCAAAUUUGUUUACUUAAAUGUCUAAAUACUUCUUUAUUUGCAAAACAUCAUAAAAGAUGUAUAAAAAAAUUUAGGGAAAGGUUAGAAAAGCUGAAAUAGAUAAGUGGUGACAAGGAGUUCCAGCGGAUGGAAAUAAACUAGUCAUCAACCAGCUAUGGUAUUUAAUUCCAAUUAAUUUAUAGAUAGUAAUAGGUAUUUAUUAAAUAAAAUGAAGAAUUACGCUUUAUAUGUAACUUUAA